GAGGCAACAUCCGCUCCAGGCGCAGGUCUCACUGGUUCAGCAGCUGCCUGUCCCUCAUGCGACCUCUCACCCGGAGGCCGUUUCCGCAGGAAUUUACUGAGCUUGAAAAACCUUUAAGAGCUAAAACUAAAAGUAAUACAGAAGAGAACUGCUUUCAGUCCACGCACCAGCCAGCUCCGUUAUGGCAACCCGAAGCCCCAGCAUUGUGAUUAGUGAUGAUGAACCAGGUUAUGACCUAGAUUUAUUUUGUAUACCUAAUCAUUACGCUCAGGAUUUGGAAAAGGUGUUUAUUCCUCAUGGAUUAAUUAUGGACAGGACGGAACGGCUUGCGCGAGAUGUGAUGAAGGAGAUGGGAAGCCAUCACAUUGUAGCCCUCUGUGUGCUCAAGGGGGGUUAUAAAUUCUUUGCUGACCUGCUGGAUUACAUUAAAGCACUGAACAGAAAUAGUGAUAGAUCCAUUCCUAUGACUGUAGACUUUAUUAGACUGAAAAGCUACUGUAAUGACCAGUCAACAAGGGACAUAAAAGUAAUUGGUGGAGAUGAUCUUUCAACUUUAACUGGAAAGAAUGUCUUGAUUGUUGAAGAUAUAAUUGAAACAGGCAAAACAAUGCAAACCUUGCUUUCCUUGGUCCAGCAGUAUAAUCCAAAGAUGGUCAAGGUUGCAAGUUUGCUGGUGAAAAGGACUCCUCACAGUAUUGGAUACAGACCAGACUUUGUUGGAUUUGAAAUUCCAGACAAGUUUGUUGUAGGAUAUGCCCUUGACUAUAAUGAAUAUUUCCGGGAUUUGAAUCAUGUUUGUGUCAUUAGUGAAAGUGGAAAAGCAAAAUACAAAGCCCAAGAUGAGAGUUCUGGAAACAUUUAGAGUCCCAUUUAAAUCAAUAGUAAAAUGGUUAAAUGUUCUAGUUCUGUGGCCAGCUGCUUAGAGGGGCUUCUUGCAUGUAUCUUCUGAGAAUUUUAUCUGUUUGGUAUGUUUGUUAGAAAUGUCUUUUGCUGCAUUCCUAAAGUCUUUAUUUGCAUUAUGAACCUCUAGAGUAUCAGUUCUGUUUGGGUGGAUUGUUUAACUUAUGAAUGAAAAAUCUCUUCAACCACACCACUGUUGGAUGAAAGUAUUGAAAUUGUAUUUGUAGGAAACAUUUAAAGAGAAGAUUCAUUUUUAAUUGGCAUUUUAAUUUUUAUGUAUUCAGGGAAAAAACAAGUGAUUGAAUAUUGUUGAUUAUGCCACUGUGUUUAAAGAAGCAGUCAGUUUUUGUAUCAAUGACAGCAUUUAAGAGGUAUUGUUUUCUUGGAUAAAACCAUGUGUCCUUGAAUUAUUUUAGUGUUUCAGUAGUAUUAACUGUAUUUUUCUGCUUGUUCAGAUUAUUUCUGGUGAAUCUUU